UAAGAGAUCUAAGAUCUGUAUUUAAAGGCGAAGUUUAGACGGACAGUAACAUCCAUUCAGUGUAACCUCAUCUCAAAUGAAUGCGGACCCUCGGAGUUCUUUCGAUACAGAGGCAAGAGAGGAAGUGGCACUUCCUCAUCUUCCUCAGUCCGACCUGGCAGCGCUGGUGGCUGUGCGAUUACACCCCCCCCCCAUCUCUCUCUCGUGUGCGAUGGCUGCUGCAUCGAGUGAAGAAAGGGACCUGUCGUGCUCCAUCUGUCUCGAGUUGUUCAACAUGCCCGUGGGUUUACCCUGCGGCCACACGUUCUGCAAGGCGUGCGUGGAGCGUCACUUUGCGGCGCAAUGGGAAGAGGUUGGCUUCACCUGCCCGGAGUGCCGCGAGGUUUUCUACCGCAAGCCGAGGCUCAACAAGAACGUCUUCAUAGCUAGCGUCGUGCACAAGUUCAAGGAGGCGAACGUGGGCAGGAGGUGCGACCGGCAUGGCCACGGCCUCGACCUCUACUGCAGGACCGACGCGCGGUUGAUGUGCGUGGAGUGCACGGACGCGCACGAAAAGCAUGACCUCGUCUCCGUGCGGAAGGAGCGCGCACACAAGGGGGGGCAGCUGAGCUCAGUUAAAGAUCGACUGAGUGAGAGAGAGGGAACAGCAACCUCGUUCGUGAGCAGCCUCGAGGACUCGACCGGCAGAGUGGAGGCCGCAGCAGAGCAGACAAAGGAGAGGCUGAGCGGCAGCUACGACGAGCUCCUGCGCCUCAUCUCCGAGGACAAGGAGUCGGCGCUGCGGGCCGUGGACGAGGAGCGCGACCUCAAGCUCUCGGGGAUCUGCCGGGAGAUUGAGAAGAGUCGGGCAACUCUGGGCGGCCUGACAGAAGCGCUCGGCAGAAUCCGCAGCCUGGAGGAGACCGAGGACCCCGUGGAGUUUCUCGAGGGCUACACUCUCCAAUGGGAAAGCUUCGUGCACCUGGCAAGUGAGCCGAUGAAGGAGACACCGUCUCGGGCUUCGCUCGACUUCGAGACGGCAACUCCACUGCAGGAGCGGAUAAACGAGCUCCUGAGCGCAUUCAGAACCUUCAGAGGCGAGGACCCUACAUCAGCAGACCAGCCCAAUCCCAAGACUCCUGAAGGGCAUAUAGCUGAAGUGCAGCGGAGGUCACCUCCAGUUAGUUUGCGGGAGAGGACAGCUCCACAUGAAGUUCAAGCAGCUGGAGCGUCUGCACAACCCACAGCCUCUCUGCACGGCCUUAGCAGAGCUGACAUCAUCAUGACAAGUUAGUCACGCUGCGUACACAAUGUUGGUGUUAGCUUGGCUCGAGUGAACGGCCAAAACGUUAACUCCAAAAAGAAGAUUGUUAUUGCAACUUAACCACGAGUCGAAAACCAGCACUGGAAAUCAGUAAAAGCUGCGUAUUUAACUUGGACUGAAUUCAAACCUAAAUUAAAGUGAACAUGUCAAAAGCUUUCACGACCAAUGUGACGAUGUAUCAUUGGUGUUUGGGUGAGACAGCGUAGGUAAAAUACAUUGUCAUUAACCCGUCUCCACCCUACACAGCCAAUUAUAAAAUUGUCACGUGAUGAAAAUAAUACUUGGUAAUGUAUUACUGCUAGGAGAGCAAUCCACAACAUCUCACCAUUCAGUCUAACGUUUCGCUGGUAAUUUUGAAAAUAAAUAGGCGGUACGCUCUCCUGGAAUAAUACUAUUAUUAAACUUUUUCAUUUUACUAGGUAAGGCCCACUGAGCUAUAUAAAGCUCUUUUUCAGAAGCAACUUGGUU